CCUGGCCUGAUUGCUGCUGCUGCUGCUCUCCCCUUUUGGAAAGCUAGUUCCCGACUCGAGCGGAGGGCUCUAUUGUUAUUUAUCGUGUGCCUGUGUUGCACGCUGUGCCUCCUGCAUGGGGCUGGCUGGCAGGCUAGAAAGGGAGAGAGAAGGGAGGGAGGGUAGGACGGAGUGAGUAAAGGGAGGGACAGACAGACAGACUCACUCACUCACCCGCCCGCAGUGGGGGGAGCCCCUUAGCUGGCACCGCCAGGCCGUUUCCAGCGGGUCUUCGCCUCCCUGUUUCUUAACCAAAAUCUAUUUUGUGGAGACUUACUGAAAGUACCCUUGGUUUCUUCUCGACUAUAGAACACAAAGUUUUUUUGCCUGCUGGAGAUCACAGGAGCAACAAGAGCCCCCCUGAGUUAGGAGCUGGGUGUUGACGGUGGCAAUCACACCAUUACAGAGCUUUUUUCUAUAGCAUUCCAUUGUCCAUUUUUCAGAGGGAUUUUUGCUUGUGAAUAUGCUUGAGAGGAAAGGGGGCGAAUCCCUUGCAAGAUAUCCCCAGCCAUGAAUGAAUAAUUUCCAGAAGGAAAACUGGUGAAGAAAAACACCAAGGUUGAUCAAUUUGAUUCAACUUGCAUAACUUUACUAUGCAGUUUACAUGGUUAAACUUGGAUCCUCUCAUGCUUAAAACCCCACUGUGACUGUUUGGUUAGAAGAGUGACUUUUGGGGUCUUCUGAACCUGAAGAUUGCUUGACAGAAGUUUCUGAAAAGGUUUUUGAGUCAUGAUGCAAGAAUCUGGAACUGAGACAAAAAGUAAUGGUUCAGCCCUUCAGAAUGGAGCAAGCACUGUCAACUCCUUACUAGAUUGCACCCUACGUGAAAUAAGACCAAACGGAGAGACACCUUCGGUGGAAAUCGGUGCAGCGGAUCUUGCCCAUCUUCAACAACAGCAGGCUCUUCAGGUAGCAAGACAACUUCUGUUACAACAGCAGCAACAGCAGCAGCAGCAACAACAGCAUCAACAACAACAAGUUAGUGGGCUAAAGUCUCCCAAGAGGAAUGACAAACCAGCCCUUCAGGUUCCAGUGUCAGUGGCUAUGAUGACACCUCAAGUUAUCACUCCCCAGCAAAUGCAGCAGAUUCUCCAGCAGCAAGUGCUAACUCCACAGCAACUUCAGGUCCUGCUCCAACAGCAGCAGGCACUCAUGCUUCAACAGCAGCAGCUUCAAGAGUUUUAUAAGAAACAGCAGGAACAGUUGCAGCUUCAACUUCUACAGCAACAACAUGCUGGAAAACAACCUAAAGAGCCGCAGCAGCAACAGGUGACUUCGCAACAGUUGGCCUUCCAGCAGCAGCUUCUGCAAAUGCAGCAAUUGCAACAGCAACACCUCUUGUCUUUGCAACGUCAAGGUUUGCUAUCGAUUCAGCCGGGCCAGCCUGCUUUGUCAUUGCAGCCUCUUGCUCAAGGCAUGAUUCCAACCGAACUCCAGCAACUCUGGAAAGAAGUGACAGGAUCUCACACAGCAGAGGAAGCAACCAGCAACAACCACAGCAGUCUGGACUUGUCAACCACAUGUAUCUCCUCUUCAGCUUCUUCAAAGCCCUCCUUAAUAAUAAAUCCACAUGCCUCAACCAAUGGACAGUUGUCAGUCCACACUCCUAAAAGGGAGAGUUUAUCCCAUGAAGAACCCUCUCACAGUCAUCCGCUUUAUGGGCACGGAGUAUGCAAAUGGCCGGGCUGCGAAGCAGUAUGUGAAGACUUUCAGUCUUUUUUAAAACAUCUCAACAGUGAGCAUGCGCUGGAUGAUAGAAGUACAGCCCAAUGUAGAGUACAGAUGCAAGUUGUACAACAGUUAGAGUUGCAGCUUGCAAAAGACAAGGACCGCCUGCAAGCAAUGAUGACACACCUGCAUGUGAAAUCGACUGAACCAAAAGUUACCCCUCAGCCUUUUUCCAAAUACUUGGGUGGCCAAGGAGGGAAUGACUACUUCAGGUUGCAUUACUGCAGGCUUAAAGGGACAACCAAAUACGAAUUUGGAGAAAAGGAAUUGAAUCUUGUCUCUAAUGUCACGCUUUCCAAGACUGCAUCAGAGGCUUCUCCACAGAGUUUACCUCAUACUCCCACCACCCCGACAGCACCCAUCACUCCUGUUACCCAGGGACCUUCUGUCAUCACUACUACCAGCAUGCACAACGUUGGGCCCAUCCGAAGGCGGUACUCUGAUAAAUACAAUGUGCCCAUCUCCUCAGCAGAUAUUGCGCAGAAUCAAGAAUUCUACAAGAAUGCAGAAGUCAGGCCGCCCUUUACAUAUGCCUCUUUAAUUAGGCAGGCAAUUCUUGAAUCUCCAGAAAAGCAGCUAACACUAAAUGAAAUCUACAACUGGUUCACACGUAUGUUUGCCUACUUCAGACGCAAUGCAGCAACGUGGAAGAAUGCAGUGCGUCAUAAUCUUAGCCUUCACAAGUGUUUUGUGCGAGUAGAAAACGUUAAAGGGGCAGUAUGGACAGUGGAUGAAGUAGAGUUCCAAAAACGAAGGCCACAAAAGAUCAGUGGAAACCCCUCACUUAUUAAAAACAUGCAGACCAGCCACACCUACUGCUCACCUCUCAGUGCUGCUUUACAGGCUUCAAUAGCUGAAAAUAAUAUAUCUCUAUACACUACUGCUUCCAUGGGAAACCCCACUCUGGGCAGUUUAGCCAAUGCAAUGCGGGAAGAUCUUAAUGGUGCAAUGGAGCAUGCGAACAGCAAUGGGAGCGACAGCAGUCCAGGCCGUUCCCCUAUGCAAGCAAUACACCCUGUGCAUGUCAAAGAAGAGCCAUUAGAUCCAGAUGAAAAUGAAGGCCCACUCUCCUUAGUCACCACAGCUAAUCACAGUCCGGAAUUUGAUCACGACAGAGAUUAUGAAAAUGAACACGUAAAUGAAGACAUUGAAUAAAAAUGUCUGUGACUUUUCAUUCUGCAAAUGAAGAUCCUGGGGAGGAGCAAAAAAACAAAACAAAAACCCUUAUCUUUCAGAAUUAGCUGUGAAAUCUCUCCCCGCCAUUGUACAGUCUGGAAGAUACACUCGGUCCAUUCUGACUGCUAUAAAAUAUGUUAACACUUAGUGCCAUCAAGUAUCCCAUUUGGGAGUAUUUUUGAUUUUUCUACUUUUUGUUGAAAAACAAAGCAAAGGAAUUUGUACUCUGUGCAUUGGAUGGAUUUGUUUGGUACUCGGAAUUCCUACUCACAGUCAACAUCAGUGUUGUAAAUGUGUUCCACUAAUUCCCUUAUUCACAACUUGGCAGCAGACUUUGGACUGCAGAUCUUCCACUAUGGGACACUGAAGACAUGAAGCUGAGCAUGUACACAUCAAUUGCAGAUCAAGCCUUUACCCAGAUUUUAAGGAUUUCAGUGGACAAUAUAUUUGCACAGUAUCGCAUGUUGAUUAUCACUGCCUUUACUUUUUUUUUUUUUGGCUUCCAUUUGGGAUGGGGAAAUCUUUUUGAGUGUGUGUGUGUGCGUGUGUGUGUAUGUAUACUUAAGGGUUAAAAGAAACAAAACCCUCUUUUUUUAGUGUAUAGCUUUAAUUCUUUUUUCUCCUAGUUCUCCUAUACCUUUUUAAGUUCUGACCUCAGGCCUCAAUUGGCCAGGGCCUUUUGAGGCUUAAUGUUUUCUGUACUUCUGUGAUGAAUGUUAAUAGGUGUGUUUAUUAUACAAAGCUGAAUGUUCUUUGAAUUGUUUGUAGUUCUUUUUCUGCCAUCCAUUCCAAAUUUCCUUCAGAUGCCAUUAUGUUUCCUUUAGCUAUGGAAAACAUUCCAUUUUGGACUAUAUGCCCCCCCCCUUACACACACACACACACACACACACACACACGACUCUGGAAAAAGUUCUAAAAUGCUGCUGUGACCUGUGCAAACACAACAGAAAGACAGGCAGUAAUUCAAGAGUGAACAAACCAGCGUCAGAGCCGUAGAAUGUGGUUCUAAAGUCAUUCCACAGAGUGUCUAUGUUUGUGUGUACAUGUGUGUAUACACAUGCACAUAAAACCAUUGCUUGUGGGUUCCCCCUCCCCCCUCCCCCCUCCCCCGUUGGUUUUUCCUUAUUUGCAGCAAUUACGAAUAUUUAGGGAGACAUUAACAGCCCUUUCAGAAAGUGCACACCCUACAGAUAUUGUCAAAGAGAAGUAUAACUGUGUAAGGCUUUUGUGCAUUUAACUUUUUAAAAUAAGUUCCUGGGCCAAUCAAAUAUUUCUGAAGUAUGUUGGCACAUGUACUAUUAGAUUCUUAUUUGCCCACAUGCCUCAUCGUAGUGGUUCUUCCAAGUUAAGUUGUUUGAGAUUUAAUUGGUGGCAUCCAUCAGUUUAAGUUGUUGCAUUCAACUCAUUGGGAAGGCAAUAAGGCCCAUUAGUUGUUAAGUGUUAGUAGUUUUGCCAUUGCAGAUAAGAUCGUUACACAAUAUCACACCAACCAGUAUAAAAAACGAACAGUCUGAUGUAAUCUGUGGAUAAACCAGCUCUGAUGCCGACAACAGUCUUCCUUCAGAGCAAGAGUGGGCAGACAGCUGCAGUUCCAAUGUUGGUACCCCUUGAUCACCAAACUUCUAGUGACUUCAUUCUCUAACCACUUUUCAGUAAUUAACUCAUUUAUGUCGGACUAUAGCUUUUAAUUUCAGAAGUCUUUCUGAUCCUAAUUUAUAUUCUACUUUGUACCUUUCUCCCCUAAAGUUACCAAAGAUAUUACACAAAGUAAAUUAUGUUCUCUGUUAUAUGCUUUAUCUUAUGAAAGCCAAAUAUCCUCUUAUUGUUGAUCAAAGGAGGUUAAAGAAUUACAAAGCAAAUGACAAAAUAAUGGGCUACAGCUAACCUGAGAAGGAAAACUCCUUUAUUAAAGUAUAAUUUAGAAGACCAAGUAGAUGGCUGAACCAAAGUUUUUGCUGUUGUCGUUUUGAUUUGUUUUUGUUUUUUUCUUUACAGUGACCAAAACUAUUUCUGUAAAGAGAGAGCUUUUUAGGCUUAAGUUAGAGAAUGAGACCUUGAGAAGGGCACCAUUUGACAUUGAGGGUAUAGGAGGAGAACUGAUUUUUCCGGGGGGGGGGGGGGGGGGGGACUAGAAUGACUUGAAUCAGAGAGAGUUUACAUGAAAUACAAAAGAGCACUCAUGACUGAAACUAAACCAUACCAUAAUUACUGAAGAAAUUGUUGGUAUGCUUUCGUUUGGGGUUUGACCUAUUCACUUUUGCUAAAAGCCAAUGCCAGGGCAAUUUAUUUUUUAACUUUGCUUACCUGGGCCCAAGAUUUGAGAAUGACUGUGGUGAUGGUUGUGUUGGUCUCUGCCCAUCCCAUUUCGUUUCAGGGUUUCUUUCUUUCUUUUUUUUUUUUUUGGUAGUAUGGUAACAUCCCUAUUCCUUUCCAACCCUUCGUACCAUUCAGGCCAAUGGAGGAGGGGGAUUUGCCAUUAAUUUCAAAAUAGCAAUUCGUUUUUAGUUUUCUUUUCCUCCUUUUUUUGCCAACAGAGAAAUAUGUAAAGCUUGCCUUUUUUUUCCCCCGACUUCUUUUUUUUUAAAGGAGGCCAGUAUGUAAGUCAUUUGAUAUGUUCUGAAACACACCAUAUUCAGGCAGCUCUAUAAUGUGCAGGCCAUAACCAGGACAUAAUAAAAAAAAAAAUACCUGUCCCUUUGGUUCAAAACUGAGUGGUUUUGCUGGUUAACUUGGUAUUCAGAAGGGGAUAAAAAUCUGGUAGUUUAGUUCAUUCUCAGCAUGUGUAGCUAGACAUGAGUAAAGAUAACAGCAUGAGAAACUGUUAGUACGCAUACCUCAGUUCAAACUGUUAGGGAAUGAGUAAAAAAAAAAACUACAUUUCACUCAGUUGCACUUAGUUGUAUGUCUUGCAUGCAUAGACUAAAGACUGUAGCAAAAUUUAAAAAAAAGAAAAGAUUUUUUUUAAAAAAAAAAUACCUACCAUACCUUGCAGGUAUCACUGCCCUGCAGAAGAACCAAGAGGAGAUCUCAGGCUUUACAUCAAGCAAACUACACUAUUUUUUACAAAUUUCAGAUUCUGCAUCCCUUUGGAUCAUAACAAUGGUUCCUCUGGGCUCGGGUUUAUUAUGUUGUACAUAUAUAGCCCAAUGUGUCUCUUGUGAUCCCGUUUUGUCUUUUGGCGGGUGGGGGUGGGUUGUCAAGGGAAAACAGGAAAAGGGGGGAAGUCGGUCCUCUUUUUUUAAAAAAAAACAAACAAACAUUCCUCCAAAGGAAUUAAUGCAGCUGUUUGUCAAAACACCUUUUGCUUUUUGUGCAACUGCUUUAUAUUAACCAUACUUUGACAAAUGCUUUUGGGGGGAAAAAACCUACUGUAUGUAAUGGAAUUGCAGAAUAUGCUGCACAUGUAUUUCAUUUAGUUACCCUUGCUUUAAGACUGUGGAUGCCAUUUGCUGACAUGUGGGAGAAAAAUCCCAAUUUCUUUGUUUUUAAUUUAGUAAUUCCCCCCCUUCCCUCCGUCACAGAUCAAAUCAUGUUUGUAUAAGUUUGUUUCAGAGAUUUUGUGUUUUUUUUUAUUAUUGCUUUAUUUUGUUUUUUGUUUUGUUGCUCUCACGCUAUUUGUUCUUUAAACCCUUUCUCUGCCUCUUGUUAUCCCCAUCUCUGCCUACUUCGGCAACCUUAAGGAAAAAAGAAGAAAAGAGAGUUUCAAAAGUUGUUUCUUUCCUGCUGCAGUAAAUAUUUUGCAUGAUGAUUUUUCCAAGGUCACACUUUCAAAGCUUAUCAGUGAAGUGGUGAUUGAUAAUGGAAAAGUGUCAAAAAUAUUGAACUUUUGUAUAAAAUGAAAUACUUUACAAGGU